AGGACUAUUACCAAUGUGACACUAUUCGAUAAUACUUCGGAGAUCUCAGAAAUGGAAGGGGAUCUUGCUAUCUUGAACGUAAGUGACGGCUUCAAGCUCGACGCUUGCGCCUCCGCGGCUUGUCUCCCCAACACCAACGAUGUCUUCAACAGAGGUGACAGAUGCCGUUUGACAGGCUGGAGAAGAGAAACUCCAUCAGCUAUUCCCGUUUCUCACCAACAAGCAUCUGUAAUAUUACUACCAUCCCAAACAUGCCAAACAAUCUACAGCAGCCUAGACCCCAGCAGGACCAUAUACACUGACACUGUAUGCACGGUCUCAGAGAACGACAACUUGGCUCCUUGUGAGGAUGCCAAUGGUUGGAUGUUGGUAUGCGACAACAGUGACGGUAGGGCGACGUUGGUUGGUCUUGCGACUCCUGGCACUGACUGCAUCACCACUCGACCUAGUAUAUUCCAGGGGGUCCAGAUGCAUUUGGACUGGAUAGAGAAACAUAUUCCUUCUGAAGAUGUUGUACAAGGCCUUUAAA